UAAAUGUGUUUCUAUAAUUGUUCCAUAAAAGAGAAUUACUGAAAUUAUAAAACAAAGAAAAUAUGUCGGAAACUACCGAGGCACAAGAUGCUACAGCGGAAUUACGAGAACGGUAUUUGUACUUUUUAACAUCAAUUUGUGAAAAGGAUGCGCAGAUUAAACUCUUUGAUAACACCUCAGUUUCCGGCAAAUUGCGAGCAUUUGACAUGGAUUUUGAUAGUGUUUUGCUGGAGAAAUUAGAAACACCAUUACAACAAUUCAAGUUUGCAAAACUACGAACUCUGGACAUCAUUAAUAUUGAAACUGAAGUAAUAAGUAACUAAAAAAUAAAAAAACUCACUUUUUACAGAGCAAAUGUUU